UUGCUGUUGAUGGUUUAUAUUUAAGUGGCUAUAAUCUCACUUGUGAUGAAUCUAGCGCUACCGGUGAAUCUGAUGCUAUAAAAAAAGGUGCUAAUGAUCCCUUCAUAUUGAGUGGAUCAAAAGUUACAGAUGGCGUUGGUAAAGUAGUUGUUAUUGCUGCAUUACGUCAUAAUGAAAAUGAAGAAACUCCACUUCAAAUGAAAUUAGACUAUCUUGCUGAACAAAUAGCCAAGUUAGGCGUUGCUAUUGCACUAAUUAUGUUGCUUACACUAGUCCUUAAAUAUUUUAUUAACGCGGCUCUUUCUGACCAUUUUCCUGAAUUGGAAGAGAUAAUGGUUGCCAUGACUUCUAUUGUUGUUCAAACAAUUACUAUUAUCGUUGUUGCUGUACCAGAGG